AUGGCAAAGCAAUCCGUGAAGCAAGUUACACUUCAAGAUGUUAAGCUGGUGCAUAAUCUCAUAGAACGAUGCAUACAACUGUAUAUGACCCCAAAAGAAAUAGUGACCACACUACAAAAUGAAGCAAAAAUAGGACCUGAAUUCACCAAAACAGUUUGGCAAAGGCUUGAAGAACAAAAUCCUGAAUUCUUCAAAGCUUAUUAUACAAGAUUGGCAUUGAAGCAACAAAUAGAUGAAUUCAACAAAUUGCUAGAGAAACAAAAGCAAUUAAUGGACUUAGAACAACAAACUAAAGUUGCAUCACUACCUACCUCUAAUGGAUUUCAAUAUCAUGUUGCUUCAUCAUCACUGCCCUAUUCUAAUGGAACAAAUACCCCCAUUAGUAAGUUUAUACCUCCAUAA